CUCAAAUCAUCAACUUCCGCCGUUCGUGAUUCGCCAUGGGGCAGCAGCUGGGAUGUUGUGUUCCACAAGGAGUGAACGAUGUGUUCACCAGCUUGAACAUCCGCUUCAUGAGGAAGAAGAAGGAAGAAAAGGCACUGCGGAGUGCCGGAGCGGAACUGUCUGAGCCUUUUGCGAUUGACUGGACGAAAGCCAGGCCCGAAAACUGGAAAUUUGAAUCCUCCACUGGUCCUGGCAGCUACUUCUUCAAGUUUGAACCCGAGAUUGAUGAUGUGAAAGGACCCAUCUCUGACGGUGAAAAGAAACUGAAGUCGCGUCCGGAAAAUUACGAGGGCAUGAUGUACCAGACGAGCAUGAAGGACUGGCCAUCGGAUCAGCAAAGCUACAAAUUGGUGAAGCGCACGGGUAGUGGCUACAGCUUCACGGCAGGGCAAUCUGAGAACUUCACGUAUGUUCAGGCGAAAUAUCAGGCGCUGGAGCGCUACGACCGAAUAUCUUUGGAUCCAGAUCCGUACACUGACAGCAUGUCAUUUCGCCGGCAACGUCUUGGAAAGCCGUGUCAUCCCGGCCGUGGACAAGGCAUUUGCGAUGUGCCUCACAUCAAGAUUAUUGGAGAGAUCCACCCCAACGACAUUAUCCAGGGCAGCGUUGGGGACUGUUGGCUUCUCUCGGCCAUCAGUGCUUUGUCGGAGUUUGAGGGCGCCAUCGCAACGCUCUUUCGGAACACGCGUUACGUCAAGGAUCUGCCGAAGAAUUCGCCGCAGAAGUAUACCAUCACUUUGUAUGACAUGAAGACAUGGCAGCCUGUGGAUAUUGAGGUGGACGAACGUUUAUGCAUGAAACCGGAUGGCAGCGAUCUCCUGGGCUGUCAUCCCAGCUAUGAUGGUGAACUCUGGGCCUGCUACGUGGAGAAGGCGGUGGCCAUCCAUUCUGGAGGAUGGGAUGAGAUCGAUGGUGGUCAAUGUACCCAUGCAUGGCGGCUGCUCACCGGGUGUAAAUAUCAAUACACCUUCAUGAACACUGGUGACGACGAGUUCCAAUGCCUGGGAAAGUUCAACCCAAACAGCCAGGAGUGGGAUCCACUGGAGAAUUCUGGACACAAAGGAUCCCAAGGAUUGUGGCCGAUGGAUUGGCCCGUGGUCGGUGGUGGUGGUGACAAAAGAGCCAAGUGUGGCCUCAAUGAGAUGUUCGAGCGCAUGUGUGCUUGGGAUGAUCAGAACUAUGUCAUGGCCGCUGGAACCAAAGCAGGAUCUGACACCAACACCACCGAUGGCAUUGUCGACGGACAUGCUUACACAGUGAUCACCUGCCUCAACGACGUCGCGGGAACUGAGCACGAUCUCAUCAAAGUACGAAACCCCUGGGGCAAAGGCGAGUUUACUUCGGGUCAAUGGUGUGACGAUGGACCUGGAUGGGCCGACUACCCACAGGUGAAGAAUGUUUGCAAGCCAACCAAGGCCAACGAUGGUGUCUUCUGGCUCAGUAAGGAAGAAUUCUUCAAGUACUUCAGGACUGUUUACCUUUGCGCGCAAGACAUGACGGCCUUCAUCAAGUGAGCGGAGCAUGUCCGGCUCUCCGGCCGACGAAGGUAAGGCCGAGGUGAACGCCGAGAACGGUCACUGGUGGUUGCAUCCCCAACACAAG